AUGCCCUUUAUCUUGUUUCGCAACAGAGACGAGGUUGCCUUGCAAUACCUAGUGGAUGGCUUCCAGCAACUGGCCGACGAUUUUCCAACUUCUGCUACUAAGGUGCUCAGAUCUCCAUUACUUGAUUCAAUUCCUUCCAAGCCUACCGAACGUCUUCAUUCUCUUGAUGAAUUGUUAUCCUCGCCAAACACUCAUAGGUCUGAAGCCUUUCGUCUCGUAAAGGAUGUGGCUGAGAAUUUGGACGAUGAUGUCAUUCAAAUGGCCUUGGAAGAAUAUAAUAAUGAUGUUGAUCUUGUAAUUGAUCAUUAUCUUAAUGGGACACUUCCAGAUCAUGUUUUACGGCCAAAGCUGAGGUAA